AUAAUCAGCGUUAAUCAGCAUCACUUUCUUCACGUGUGUUAAUCUUCAAAUACUGCCGGGGACGUGCGCGCCUGCUAGGCCUACUACCCAGUUUCCUCGUUUUUUUCCAGCUAUUCAAAUGCAGUGUCAAACUUACACACUGCGGACAGAAAGAGAGAAGUCGAGGCCAAUAGACGACCACAAAAGUCGAGCAGUUAAACCUGGACUCCAGGAGGGCCUCUCUGUGUGAGAAAACCGGCCUAAUGAUGAUGCAGUGUGGGAUGAGAGGGGGCAUCAAUCACCGGUGAUUUUUAACGAUUGAGUUUUGAGGCUGUGCCAGGAGCAUCUUCAUCAUCCUCCAUGUCUGAUGCCUCCAGUUCCUGCUGACCGCUGACAGCUCAACAUCCUCCAUCUGUUCUUCUGCUUGGAGCUUCACUCUCUUCUUCUUUCACUCAAUCCUUUCUCCAUCCGUCUGUCUAUCCACCGGUCAUGAAUCCCUACAGACACACAAGUCCACCUCCUGACCCUUAUGAUAAUUCCCAAAAUCCAUCUCUGUCAGCCACCGUACCGUCUCCUCCGCUCAUCCAGACAGGUCAUAGCUCUGUGACAGUUUUGAGCCAGAACGUGCCUCACUAUCUGGCCUCCUCAGACCACGAUGGAGGAAACCUGGUCCCAUCACCAAACUUGGACCGCUCCGCCUCAUUGCUUCCAGGGUCCAGCCUAGUUUCAGUCUCGUCUUUGGCUCAAAGUCCAUCUCCAGCUCCCACUCUGAACCCUUACCCUGCCCCCGGCACCCCCCCCUCCUGCCAGGUCUCCGUCAUCGUCCCGUCCCCAGACCUCCGCCCGUCUCCCCUGCCGUCUCAGUGCUCCGAGGACACCUGCCCGGACCUGGAGUGCUCAAUCUGCUUCAGCCAGUUCAACAACGUCUUCCGCUGUCCCAAGAUGCUUCAGUGCAAGCACACCUUCUGCCUGGAGUGCCUGGCACGCAUCAACGUCAAGUCGGCCGAGCCAAACUCCAUCCAGUGCCCGCUGUGCCGCGGCCUCACGCCCCUGCCCACCCUCGGCCUGCCCAGACUGGCCACAAACUCAGACAUGCUGUCCUGCCUGCCGGCCGCCAUGCAGAGAGUCUACAGCAUCCGCUUCCUGCGCAACAAAGGGAAGCUGCAGGUCAAAAGGUCAUCUGAAGGUCAGAGGUCGCUGACAUCUCUCAGGUCGAUAAACCGUACUCUGGACGUGGGGCUACCCAGCCCGCCUGCCGGGAGCCGCGGCGCCGAAGCGGUCGGCAUGGGCGGAGCUCUGUUCCGCCUGACGGGCCGGCCGGCGUGCCGGGCCUUCCUCCUGACGUCCGUGGUGAUGAUGAUGGUGCUGCUGACGGGCAUCAUCAUCUUCCUCCUCACAUACAAAAGUGAAAAAAGUGGGUGACAUCACAUUUCUUCCUCCUGCUUUUUAUUUUCAGUGGUGGAAAAGGUCACCGAACAGUAGAAUUCCGCCAUCUGAAAUGGAAUAAAAAGCCAUCGUUUCUGGCUUUUUAACGCUCCAAAGCCAAAAGGACACAAACCUCAACACUCAACUCAUGAGCUGAGAAAGUGAGAAGCAUAAAGACUUUCCACUCGUAGAUUUUAUUGUUCAGUCCUUAAAAUUGACUCCCAGAAUUCAGCUGAGGUUGAAAGGUGUGGUAUCUGAGACUGAGAAGCAGUUGCCUUUAAUCUGUUUUACAGUGCUUAACUUGUGCCAAAAGCUUUAAAUGAUUUGCUAAAUGUAGCUGGACAUGAGAACCUUCUGCCUAAAGCAACACAAUGGCAGUCAUGUAACAGCCGAGUUGGAAAGGUGGGAAGCAGUGGCCUUUAAUCUUACUUACAGCCCUUACACCCUCAACCUUCGAUUACUUUAGGUUUUGGGGGAAAACACACACGAUCACCACUUUUUAACGUCUUGAAUUUCGUUGAACAAAAUGGCUGAUCUGAUAGUCAAGUCAUGGCAGAGAAGAUGAGAAAUGUAGACGUGCUGUAUUAUACCGAUUGAUCGCAGGUUUAUUAUAUUACAAGGUCAAAGUCUCUGGUGGCUCCCAUCCAGCUGCAGAUAGGUCUAAAAUAAACUUUGGACUCCAGGGACUGGAAUCUAAUUUCACUGUCACUUUGGGACAUAAAACACUAUUAAAUAACAAGUAACGAGAAAAAAAAAACAAUAUUACAUAAAGCUGUCUCCAGGUGGUGCCACCUUCUUCAUAUUUAAACUCCUUUUGGCAGCUUUCAGCACUUUAAAGAGAGCCUAGUGACUGAAUUGUUACCUGUUAGUUUCUGUGUUGUUCCGUCUUUCUAAGUGGCUGUUAUUUACAUGAGUCUAUUUCCUCCUGUCACUCCUCUGCCCCUCGUAACCAAAUGCUGUAAACAGGAACCAUGCAAAUAAACCGGAUUCAGUUACAGUCUGACACAGAGAGCACAGGCUUUCCAUAGAUGCUGGAACAUUAUACAUGAUGGAACUGAAUAUAGCUGGAUAGUGUAACCGAAUAGUUGACGCAAAUUACAGAAAUAUUUUUCCACUUCACCUCUAGAGCGGUCUCUCCAAUUCGGAUAGUAUUUGUUUUUAUUCGUCCAGGUUUUCAGAUCAUUUCUGCCUCCACAUUGACACAAUGCAGGAUGAUGGGAUUCCAUUUGAGGUGCUAAAAGCAUCAGAAUGCCUUCCCAUAAUUUUAGUUUUCACAAUUUAAAAAGGUGUCCUUGUAAAACUUUUGUUCCUGUUGAUUAUCCACAGUAAUGGGGACCUUCUGUUGCAGUUUGAUUCUUCUUUUUAAAUGUACUUUCUCAAGACUGCAAGCACCACAAAAUAAAUCCCAUCAUCCUCAAUGUCAUUGAUGUGGAGGCAGAAAUCUGAAAACCUGGACGAAUAAAACCAAAACUGUCUGCAUGUAUUUUGUAGUAGUGACUUAAAAAAAAAAAAAAAAAAAAGGGGUAAAGGAGCAAAAAGGUGUCUGUGGUUGAAAGCAUGAGGCAGUCAUGUACCUGAAGUUUUAAAUAUUGGGUCAGUAUGCCUGUGUUCCGACCUGCAGGAGGCUGUGAGAUGUGGGACAGUCCCUGGUCAUGUUUUAACUGACCAAUCAACAGAUCAGUGACCAUCAGUUCGCCGCUGAAAAUGAAAGGACAGCCCACAAGGAAAACCUUUCCCACAAAUUCUUUGACUUGCAAAUCAAAUGUGUCGUCCCAAAAUAACUCAUCCAUUUACAAAAGCUUAUUUACAUUUAAUGUUUCCAUUUUUCAGCCUGCAUCCAAGAGGGAAAAUGGGUUUUAAUCCAAUGUUUAUCUUCCGGUUUUUGGUCGGUUUCUCCUGUUUUGUGUUUUUAGGCUCUGACCUUGUUUUACUGUGCAAUGUAAAAUAAAUUAUUUUAUAUAUUUAUGACUGUUUUAGCAAAGCUUGCUCUAUCACUGUUUGCCUUGUGUUGAACUUAAAUAAAUUCCUUUUUGAAUUAUG